AUGUUUUUCAACGGCGCUGUUCAGCGGAGGCUGGCGGCUCUUCUCCAGCCAUGGCUGAUGGGCGACCAAGAGCUGGAGCUCAAGCUCGGGCUCCUCCGCUCGAAUGGGUUCCUGAGCAACGUCAGGUUCAACGCCGCCGUGCUUAACGGGUUGCUGGACGACCCGUCCAGAAUUUGCUUUAAAGGGGCAACCGUCGAGCACGUCAGCCUGGAAUUCUCCCCCUUUUCUCCCGUCGCAUUCACUCUCGUAGUUCGUGGUGUCAGCAUUAUUCUUUCAAUAGGAGAAGAGGAGGAUGAGGGGGGAGGUAAGUGGAGGAGGAAGCCGAGGGAUACAACCAUAGAGGAAAGAAAUAAGGCUCUAGAAGAAAUUGAUCCUGAGGGUUGUGCUUUGCAUGAUUCUAUUAAAAAGAUUUCAGAGAUUACUACCCGAAGAUGGAGAGAGUCGUUAUUGGAUACUGUUUUUAGACAUUGUCACUUGGAUUUGCAAGAUGUACAUGUGCUUCUGCAGUCUCCUUGUUUGCAUGAUUCAUUGUCAUGUUCAUUGUACACGGAAAAGCUUAGGUUUGCAUCCAGAAUUAUACGUCCGAGGUGCUUUAUUCGUGGGCUCAUAAGUUCACUUUUGGUGCCCAUAGAAGAGAGUAUGUUUGAUGUUGAUAUUAACAGUUUUGAGAUUAGAUUUAACAGUGAAAGUCGAACAAGUUCUGUAUUACCUGCCACCAAUAUGUCCGCUAUAGUAAAUUCGAAUCAUCUUCAGUGCACGGGCCUCUGUUUUCAUGUUCCAGCAUUAAAUAUUUUAUUCUCUCCAUUUGAUCUCUCUGUCAUAUUAUUACUUUAUGGACUUUUGUCGAAAGAGAGGAAAUGUCCUAGAACUGGAAGGCAACUGUGGAACAUAGUAGCAAGCAGAAUAAAUUCUCUGCUUCCAAGUUCCAGCUUGUCGUUGGUUAAAGUAGUUAAGAUUGUGAGUCUCUGGUUGCAUUACGUACAAACCUACCAGAGUAUACUUCUACGAGUGGGAUAUCCUGCAAGUGAAAGAAUGCAAAGAUCGGCUACCUUAAUGUUUCAGGAUGCAGCAUAUUCUAGAUCUGUCAAGUCUCAGUGGCAUUUAAUUGCUGAAAUCGAGGAUUCUCUGCCUAUGGAAGCAGUUGCAGUGGCUCGGAGAAUAAUCCGACACAGAGGGUCAUUAGGAAUUACUGUUGAAAAUCACAAUUCUGGUGAAGUGCCUGCUACUUGGCCUCUCGCGAAGCUGUUUCAACUACGUGUCCUCAUUUUGAGCAUGAUAAGCAGUUUGUUAGUUUCAGUUGUGAAGUUUUUUUUUUUGCAUAAGCUGGCUUUUUUUCCGGAGAGUAGCUCCCACUCUGGCUCUGUUCAUGAAAUUUCCAUUCUACAACAAAGCAUCACUCUGAAAAUUCAAGAAAUUUCAGUGUCUGUCUCUCCAGAAACUGAUGUACAGCCUUCUAAGAGUGGGAAUGCAUUUUCAGAAAAAAAGAUUCCAUUUCAACACACACAAGCAUUCAAUUUUUAUCUGGACGCCUUCUUGUUGAGAUAUAUAGUAGAUAUUUCUGAGAAGUGUGUUACAUUAUCAUGUGGGCAUGUGAAGAUUUUUUCUUGUGCUUUGAGAACCGGUGCUAGCAGGCACUCCAGAGAACAUUGGAAGCAGGAAGUUGACAAUAGGCAGAUUAUUGUAUGGGUUGAGCCAGCUCAAGUUAUUAACAUUCCUGAAUCCACUAUUGGUAGUGCUAAGGAUGGCAAUGUUAGGACAUCAGUCCCUCAUUUAUACCACCUUUUAGGAAAAUUAUGGUUGAACUGGAAAGAUUCUUAUUAUGAAUCUGAAGGGGAAAACACACCAAGCUUGCAGCUUCCUUGGAUUCUUAUUGACAUAAGGAGUUAUUUGGUGGAUAAUGUAAUCAGAGAUUCUAGUUCGCGGGUUAACUGUGGCUUGGUUGUUGGUAAACUGAAUGCCAAUCUGGGAUAUUAUUCUUUCGUCUCAAUCGCUGCACUCCUAAGACAAUUACAGUGUGCUUGUUGGAACUUGGGGAGCAAAAAUGUUGUUGGGCACACACCAACUAUGAUAAUUGAGGAUCCACCUGUGAGGUAUUUUAGUAAAUUCGCACAACAUAUUAGCCAAGUGCAAGCGGGAAUUAUUAAAAUGCUCCCUGAGAAGCGUAUACAACUUGGGGCUUUCGUUGCUGGUCCUCACGUACUAAUAUCUCCGUCAAAUGACCAGUUUAACUCUGAUCAUCUCAAUACACAGAUCUCAUUUGAAAUCUGCAAUGUUGAACUUCUGGUAUCACCAAAUCUGAACGAUAUUGUCAGAUUAUUUGGUGAAAACUCAGACUGUCUUGGACUAAACAAACCUCAAGAAUUUGAUAUUUCUGAAUCAGAUUUUGGUGCUUACAGCUGUCAAGGGCAGAUUGCAAUCAAUUCUUACUUAAAGAUCAAUGGUUUGAAGGCUUACAUUGGUGAUACCAUUGGGAAUCACAAACACGAGAUUAUUUCUUUAGAGUCAAAAACUGCAGUACUCAAUUAUGUAAGGAAGGAUCACCAUUCAUUUGGUUCAUCAGUUGUUACUGUCUCAGCAGCCUUCCGUUUCAUGUCUGCUGGUGUUUCCUUUUUGUUUUUUCUGGAUGAGUUGUAUGUUUUGUCAAAGAUAGUUUUUGAAGUACUUGAGGAAUCACGUGCCUUCAUAGUGGAUGGAUCUGUUGGUAAUCAACGCUACAAAGAACUAUCAAGAAGCGGCAUUGAGUAUUCUGAAUUUGAUUGUGGGCCGGCAUCCUUUGUUAGAAGCAGACAGUCAUCGCUAACAAAUUAUUUGGUCUAUGUCAACAGCGAUUUCGAGCUUAACUCGUUUGACAUGAUUCUUCAUCAUUCGCGGAAGACUUUUAGUCAGGAGACCUACCGGAGCAUAAUGUCUAAUGAAGGGGAAAUUGACAGAAAGUUGGGAAUCUACGUGUCUCUACAGCGUGUAGUGAUGGAAUUUGUCUUUAAUGGUUGGGACCUGGAUAUUAUCAUUGACCAAACUGGAGCUCGAUGUCUCAUUUUUAGAUAUUUGACUGAAUAUGAUGGAACUCUUUGUGAAUCUGAGCUGGAAAACCUUUUACGCUCUCUAAGUUACUUGACUGAAGCUUCUGCUUGUUAUGGCAAAUUAUGUUUCAACUUCAGAAACUCUGAGAAAGCCCCACCAUUGGGAAGCUUGCACAGACCAGCUAAUGAAUCAAGUUUUCAUGGUGAAACCCUUUACAUGCAGGAGGAUUCUUCUUUGUUUGUCAGUACUGAAACGUCAUCAGAUCGUUGGCUAUCUGCAAAUAUUGUUCUUUCCGGAAUUUGUAUUAUUGGACCACAAAUGAAAGGUAAUUUGGUUGACAAACUCGAAGAAUUCAGUGCGUCCUGUUCAGUUGGGGGUGAAUUCCAGGCCAUCUCAUGUGAAUGCAAGGGUGGUUUUGUGUUAGUUGAAGCAGCUGCUGUUACAAUGUUUGUUGAAAGUUUCACAUCUUACUAUCAAAAGAUCUCAGAUUUUUGGCCUUCUGGUCUAUCAUCUUGUAAAGAUGCAGUUUCGCAAUAUGUUACUGAAAUGGUUCCGCUAGAUAACGACCUUAGUGCAAAUCCUCAGCAAGUCCAAUGUCCAGAAGUUACAUGGGAUCGUCUUCAAGCAUUUUCGAUGAUUCUUUUUCAUCUAUCUCUCAUACUUAUGGAGAGAGAUGAAUCUGGAAGACGUCAUGAACUUCUAUGUGAGGUUAACUUUCAUGUCAGUUUCGAGCUCUUAGAUACAGUUAGAAAACUUUCAGCCACUAUUUCCAAGUUUUCUAUGCUUUCCCGCUUCAUUCAUAAAGCCAAGCAUGAUAUUCAACCAGAUGUUUCUGACAGUGGGCCCAGCACCUCGGUCUCCCAUAGGGGUUCUCAUGUUGGUAUUUCCAUGAGCGAUCCAGUGCAAAAGAGAGAGUACAUAAGCCCUCAAAAGUACAUAUUGAAAGAUUUGCGAUGUUCUCUUGCAGUUGAGGGGACUGUGACAGAAGAUCAGACUACUCUUGCUUACUUGAAUAACAUUUGGGUUGGUAGUGGUUCUCUAUCGGGGUUAGAUAUGACUAUCUCUCUGUAUGAAAUAAAGAUGGUGCUUUCUGCUUUUGAAUCUUUCUCCAAGAUUUCGAACAGAGAGGGGACUAUCAACGUGGAAUCUAGGCACUGGUCUCAUAACCAAGAAGCAGGAGGAAACUUGAGAGAAAUGGUUCCUGAUGGAAUAAUUGUUGCUAUCCAAGAUGUCGAUCAGCACAUGUAUAUUGCUGUUGGAGGAGCAGAAAAUGGGCUUGGUGUAGAGGGUGCAAUCCAUUAUUCACUGGCAGGAGAGCGGGCUUUAUUCAGAGUAAAGUAUCAUAAACCAAGGAGAUGGGAGCCACAAAAUCAGUACUUUUCCCUAGUUUCAUUGUAUGGUAAAGAUAACUCUGGUGAACCAUUGCAAUUGUGUUGCCGCCCAAGGUCAAGAUUCGUUGAUCUCUCUUCUCCAAGUGAUCGUGGGGCUGCACUUUGGAGAAUGCUUCCUUUUACACCAGAUGCCUAUGAAGAUGCCAUUGAGUUGGAAUCUUCUAGUUCUUUAUCUAAAAGGACAUUUCACCUUGUUAAUAAGAAGAACAAUUGUGCUAUAGCUUUUAAUGAUGGCAUCCUUGAAUUCGUAAGCAAGCCAGGAAAUCUAUUCAAGUGGAAAGUGUUUGAUGGCCAUGCUCCAGAGGGUGUAAAUUUAUCACUGAAUAGAUAUUUAAUUGAGGGAUUUUCUAGUCACACUUUUGGAUCUAGGGAACUACAAAGUUCUCAAAUGACUGGAACUGGUUCUCAGGAUGUUUCAGAGGUCACUGAUAUGGGAAGGACAGAUAAGAAGCUUUCAGGGAUCACUAUGGUGGUGGACAAGGUUGCACUGACAAUUGUUCAUGAGCUCUCGGAUACUGAGGAGAACUUCCCGCUUCUCCAAGGAUCAAUUAUAUUCAAUCAAACAAUAAUACAAAUCUCAAAGCUUAAACUCAGGGUUAUAAACACAUUUGAAGUUGUUCUAUCCUACUUUGAUGCGCAUCAAAACUCAUGGACGGAUUUUAUUCAACCUGUUGAAAUAUGCAGUUUUUACUCGAAGAAGUUUGUUGUUGAGGGAGUCGAAAAUUCUAUACAGGGAGUGCCAAGUCGUUUCUAUGCUAAGCUUAAGGAGGUCUCUGUAUCAUUGAGUGAGCUUUCAUUGGAUAUCCUGUUACUAGUAAUUAGCAAGUUGGACUUGGCUGGCCCUUAUGCAGUAAAAAGUUCUGUAGUUCUGGACAAUUGCUGCAAGGUUACAAACCAGUCCGGCAUGACGCUUGUUUGCCAAUUUUAUGAUAAUCAAGAUGCAUCAGUAUCUGCAAGACAGUUAACUACUGUCCGUUUAAGGCACCUGGCCUUGGCAAAUCAACCACCAGAAGCAUCUUUCUUUUCAGUACAGCUUUUCCAGAAAGGUUCCCUUUCAACUUCUCCAAUUCAUCUCUCACUUUCAGAAUCUUGUCAAUUCGCUUGGAGAACCCGCAUUGUUGGAGACUCCAAGUCCUUUCCUGGUCCAUUUGUUGCUGUAGAAGUUUCAAAGGGAUCUGAGGAUGGGCUGUCAAUUAUCGUCUCUCCUCUAUUAAGGAUACACAAUGAAACUGAUUUCUCUUUAGAGCUGCGUUUUCAUAGACCUCAACAUGAAGAAACUGAAUCCGCAUCUUUGAGAUUGAAUGCUGGAGAUAUUGUGGAUGACGCCAUGAUGGCAUUUACUGCUGUUGAUUUGUCAGGUGGUUUGAGAAAGGCACUAACAUCUUUAAGUGUUGGGAACUAUGUUUUCUCGUUCAGACCCGACCUUUCAGAUGGUAUGAAGAAUUUUGAGGAGUCAUCAGUAGGGUGGUCAGAUGAUCUUAAAGGUGGGAAGCCUGUUCGCCUGUCAGGGUUAUUUGACAAAUUAAGUUUCCAGGUGCGGAAGGUAUUGUCCAUUAACACGGUGAAAUCUACUCUGAACAGUGCAAGUUGUGCUGUCAGAUCUAAAGAAGGUUAUGAUGCUAGUAUGUAUUUCCUGAUAAAAACUAUUGGGAAGGCUAUGCCUGUUGUAAAUCCAGAUAAUUUUGGAUAUGUCCCUGGGAAUAAAAACUCCCCAGUUGCAAUGCAAGAGCAGAAGGAAAUUUUUGUUCUGCCCACGGUUCAAGUUUCGAAUUUAUUGCACACUGAGAUUCAUGUCAGUCUAACAGAUAGAGAUCCACAAGGCACCAAUGGCACCAAUGGCAAUCGAAAUGCAUGGAAUCAAGCUACCAUUUCUUGUGGAGCUGCUGCAAACUUCUAUGCAAACCCCACUACAAUUUAUUUUGUGGUCACUUUAACAUCUUUUGGCUUGAGCUGUAAACCAGUCAACAGUAGUGAUUGGGUAAGGAAAUUACAAAAGCAAAAAGAUGAUGUUUCUCAUUUGGACAUUGAGUUGGAGUUUGGUGGUGGGAAGUGCUUCACUAUGCUAAGAUUGUCUCUUGGGCACAGUGGCACAUUACAGGCUGGCGUCUUUACUUCAUAUGCGUUGCAAAAUAAUACAAAUGUGCAAAUGUUUUGCUGUUCUGCCAACCAGAAGACAUUAUCUAGGGUUGACAUGGAAAGAUUUGGUCCAGAUACUCCUCCAGAGUCGGGUUCAUGCUUGCCUCCUAAUUCCAUCACAUCAUGGUUCUUGAAAAGCCACAAAUUGCGCUUGAGAUUGUGGGACGAGAAAGCAGUGGAGACGCAGUUGGACUUGGAUGUAUUAUCAGGCCUUACCGAGAUAGACCUUGAAACCGAAGAAUUGUUUGGAUUAAAAACUGUGACAAGGCUGGGGGUAUCUUUAAAGGCAUUGCAUACCAAAGAAAUCUCAUCUCAGAUAGUAUCUUUCAGCCCACGGUAUGUUGUAUGCAAUCAAUCAGAAGAUGCAAUUGCUAUCCGGCAAUCUAAUAUGGAGGACACGGAAGAACUGAUAACUAUCAACAGCAAGCAAAGGAUAGCUUUAAAGCUGUAUUCAGUAUCAAGAUACAAGAAAGAGACCAACAUUGUUGAACAUAUUCUAAGAAAGCAUACAAACCCCCAAAGUGAUUUAACAUUCUUUAUCCAGUUCCGACCUAAUGAGACCGGGUUUGGUUGGUCAGGGCCUGUAUGUGUGGCUUCAUUGGGACGUUUUUUCUUGAAAUUCCAGAAAUCCUUCGAAUUUACUGGAAAUCAAUCGGUUAGUGUGUCAUACAAAGACACCUUAAGUGGUUUUGCAUCCGUUCAUGUGGUGGAAGAAGGGUCUACCAUUGUCCUUCACUUCCACAGGCCACCACUUACAAAUCCUCCUUAUAGGAUAGAGAACUUUUUACAUGAUUCUCCUGUAACUUAUUAUCAGAAGGGUUCGUCAGAACCAGAGACUUUGGGAGCUGGAGUAACUGCUAACUAUGUCUGGGAUGACCUGACUCUUCCACAUAAGCUAGUUGUCCAACUUGAUGAUGUGCAUAUGUUGCGUGAAAUCAACUUAGAUAAGGUGCGGGCUUGGAAACCAUUUUAUCGCAGCAAGCAGACUAGAGGAUUGGGAUUUCAUUUACCCCUGGAUAAGAAGGCUGAAGAUCAGAAUCGUAUUUCUUACGGCCGGUUAAUUGGCUCGGAGACUGUAAAGGUGGGUUAUGAAGUAUAUGCAGAAGGUGUAACUCGAGUUUUGAGGAUUUGUGAGUUCGCUGAUAGUCAUAAGGUGAAUUUGCUGCCUGGAUCUGGUAGAAAGCUGCGGCUGAGAAUCUCUUACUUCUCAGUCCACUUGCUAGAGCAUGCCCAGCAGGAGAUAGAACCAGAGGAGGCCUAUAAGUAUGCACCAAUAAUUAUUACAAGGAUUGAAAGAUUUAGCUGGGAUGCUAUUUUCAACAAUCAGCAUAAAUAUAACCAGAUCCGAGUGCAGUCAUUGAGUGUUGAUGAGAAGUGGGUUGGAGCUCCUUUUGCAGCAAUGCUUCGCCGGCACCAAUCAGAAAAGUCUGAUGCAAAUGAUUGCAUUCUCCAUGUUGCAGUUAUUUUGCUUCCAACUAGUUCUUCUGUGAAACAUGUGAAAUACCUUUCCAUUGUUCUGCAGCCUCUUGACUUGAACCUUGAUGAGGAGACAUUAAUGAAAAUAGUCCCAUUUUGGAGAUCUUCUAGUGCUUCCAAUGCUCCCCGUCAACAGUACUACUUUGAUCAUUUUGAGAUCCACCCGAUAAAGAUUGUGGCAAGUUUCCUUCCUGGGGAUUUGCGUUACAGCUAUAGUUCAACGCAAGAGACUCUAAGGUCUUUGCUCCAUAGUGUGAUUAAGAUACCUGUCAUCAAGGCAAAGACAGUCGAGCUCAACGGGGUCCUUGUAACGCAUGCUUUGAUAACAUUACGUGACUUGAGUAUAAAAUGCGCACAACAUUACUCCUGGUAUGCAAUGAGAGCAAUCUAUAUUGCAAAAGGAAGCCCAUUGCUUCCUCCAGCCUUUGCUUCUAUAUUUGACGAUCUAGCUUCGUCCUCCCUUGAUGUCUUUUUUGAUCCUUCAAGUGGCUUGCACAGUCUUCCUGGCGUGACCUUAGGAACGCUCAAGCUCAUCAGUAAAUUGAUAGAUAAUAAAGGUUUUACUGGAACAAAGCGCUACUUUGGCGAUCUGGGAAAAACGUUGAAAAAAGCAGGGUCAAAUAUACUCUUUGCUGCAGUAACUGAAGUAUCAGACUCUGUUCUCAAGGGAGCAGAAACAAAUGGAUUUAAUGGAAUGGUGAGUGGUUUUCACCAAGGAAUUCUUAAGUUAGCUAUGGAACCAUCUGUCAUAAGUACUGCUUUCAUGGAAGGUGGCCCAGAUCGGAAAAUCAAACUCGACAGAAGUCCUGGGGUUGAUGAGCUAUACAUUGAGGGCUAUCUGCAAGCAAUGUUGGACACCAUGUAUAAACAAGAAUAUCUGAGGGUGAGAGUCGUUGAAAACCAGGUGAUCCUCAAAAACCUUCCUCCGAGUAGUUCUCUUAUAAAUGAAAUUAUGGAGAACGUAAAGGCCUUUCUCGCAAGCAAGUCAUUGUUGAAGGGGGAAUCUUCUUCAUCUCAUUCCCUACGACACAUACGAGGAGAAAGAGAAUGGAAACUCGGGCCAACUAUAUUAACAUUGUGUGAGCACCUGUUUGUGAGUUUUAUGAUUCGUGUGCUUCGGAAGCAGUCUGGCAAGGUUAUCGGUAGAAUCAAGUGGAGGGAAAAGGCAAAGGAGGAAGUUGAAGACAAGGCACUUGUUCCCACUGCAAGUGGUGAGGAGGAACAACAGAAGGUGAAGCUCGUGUGGCGAUGGGGAAUCGACGAAGCAGAAAAGAUCAUUAGCAGCAAAGAGGAAAGUGAGCGCAAAGGUUCGAUUUCCAGUCAGCUUUUGCUGAAAUCGUCGUCUCAAAGUCUCGACAAAAGUGAGGUGCUCAGGCGAAUCCGGCACCACAAGGCAAUGAACAAGGUUAAGAAUACUCUCCGGGCUUUGUCACGACCCGAUUCAGAUGAUUAUUAUUCGGACGAAUUUCAUCAACACAAAUGGCUUCAACAAGGAGACUGUUUCACCUCCCCAUGA